AAGUGUUCAAAGAAAACAAGAUUCAGUCAAGAUGACUUCAAAAUCUUGUGUCAGUGACGAGCUACAGCAUCUGAUGAAACAGGCUGAAUUGGAGAUUGAUCAGUCGGUGGGCAGCCUGAAUGAACUCAGUCGGGACAUCUGGAACCAUCCGGAGACAAACUUUAAGGAACACCACGCACACAAAGUAUUAACGGAAUUCCUGGAGAAGGAAGGGUUUCAGGUGGAACGACACUUUGUACUGGAGACAGCAUUCAGGGCUACAUUUGGCUGUGAUGACGCCGGUCCUAAUAUUUGCGUGAUGUGCGAGUAUGACGCACUGCCUGGAAUCGGACACGCUUGUGGUCAUAACCUGAUAGCAGAGGCUGGAGUUGCGGCUGGAAUGGGAGUCAAAGCAGCCCUCCAGGCUGGUGGAAAUAAGUACGGAAAGGUUACAGUAAUGGGCACGCCCGCCGAAGAGGGAGGCGGCGGCAAGAAAUUCUUGAUAGAUGCAGGAGCAUUUGACGACGUUACGGUGGCGAUGAUGGUUCAUCCUUCCAAAUACAAUAUACUGCGACCUAUCUAUCUAUCUUUGGCCAUCUUUGUCAUCAAUUUCCACGGUUUUGCGACCCACGCGGCGACCGAUCCAUGGGUCGGCGUCAACGCGUUGGACGCGGCAGUCGCGUGCUACAACGCCAUAUCCGCACUCAGACAACAGAUGAAACCAACAUGGCGCGUUCACGCAAUUAUAACAAAUGGUGGCUCUGCCAUUAAUGUGAUCCCGGAGGAAGCUGAGAUAACCUGCUGCAUCCGAGCUUUAGACGAAGCCGACUUGAAUGUCUUGAAGAAGAAACUCCUCGCCUGCGCGAACGGUGCAGCUACAGCAUCGGGAUGUAAGGUUGACUGGAAACAGUCGUCAUCUUUUGCCAGCCUCAUCACAAACAAUCGGCUUCUAUCCCUGUACGAGAAGCAGGCUAAGAGGCUCGGGUGGGAUAAUAACCCUGAACUCUCUGAUAGCAUCAGGAUGACUGGAUCAUCAGAUGUUGGGAAUGUCUCCUACGUGGUCCCUACAAUCCACCCUGAAUAUCAAAUCUGUGACGAGGCCAGCUACCACACGCAUGAUUUCACGGCUAAAACAGUGUCGCAGCGUGCCGAGGCGUCAACACUCGUCCAAGCAAAGAUCCUCUCAUUGAUCGCCGUAGAACUCUUACAUCCGAGCGGACAAGAAACCCUCGAUAACAUCCGCAAAGAAUUCAAAGAAGAGGUCAAGACGCUGUCGCCUCCGGAAUACUGAAGUCUCAAUACAGACGAUGUGGACUGUCUUAGUUUCAUGAAAAAUAAAAAAAACCUCAUGACUCAAGGACUCAUGACAAAUUUCUACUCCUCUUAAAAUGUAUGAAAAUAACUUGACAUCCCAUUUUGGUUUGUCUAGACUUAUUGACAAUUACAAGUGCAUUUCUGUCCAUGCUUCUCCGGACAAUUGAGGGCGCUGUUGCUGUGAUGUCAUUGGAUUAAUGAUUCGGGUUAAUGUUCUCGAGCAAGAUAGCUGACCACAAUAAUUGCUACAACUUGCGGCCACUGGUACCCGGGUGUGGCAACUGUGAAUCACUGAACAUGACAAUAUGUUAACCCGUCAAUUAUUUCAACGUGUGAUUUGUACAUUAAUUUUGCCUGAUUUUAGAGGAAAUGCAAUGGUAGGGUAUUAAAUUAAGAAAUACAUGCAGAACUCAACGGAUAACACAGGCGUAUGAGGGUAGGAUGGAGAGUCAUUACACAAAUAUUAUGAUUCUACAUCCUGGCAUACUUGGCGUCUGCUAGAUUGUGGGCUGCCCCCCCCCCGAAGAAAUCCUUCAUGCGGCACUUUAAAUUUCAACUUUAAUGGAUGAUCUCACAUUUGCUCGCCGUGUUUGUUCGAUCGACUGCCAGAUAACUUCACAGUUCAGUUACUGCAAAGCUUAAUGUGGGCCACAUCCCUCGACUGACUUCGGUCGGCUACAAAAAAAGGAAGACAUUUUGAUCAUGUAUUGAGGUUUAUUUAAGGUUUCGCUAUAUUAUUACUCUUAUUGUCAUUAACCAAGUUUUUAAUGAUAUCGUAGAUUAAACACAGGUGAAACGGGGCCAUGCAUAAUAAAUGGAAUGCUAUAAAGAUUCCUAGAUUUAUUCUCAAAAUGCUUUAAACAUCGUCAAAAGUUUUCGGAGCUUUCCCCCUUGCCCCGUAGUAUCACGCUUUACUCCCCCUUCAUAUACCCCCGUUUUCUGGAAGCUAGAUCCGCCCCUGUCAUCCACCACAAAUUACAAUCGUUGUUAACUUUCUUCAAGGGGGUCAUCCCUGGUCAUUCAGGAGGCCAUUAAGGAUAAUUGCAGCGAGGAUAAUUGCAGUGGAGAUGAAAUCGCUUUCCACUCCAACGGAGAUUUUGCAUAUAAGGAGACUGAGCUCCACAAAAUCUGGGGAUCUUUUUGUCAUCUCAAUUCUGUCUGCUGACCUUGCUUAUGCUCAGCCUUUUAAUCGUAAGGGAUUGGCAAUCACCCUAUUGUUGUUCUUGUCACAUAAAGUCCGGGGGGGGGGAGGACGAAAUGAGAGAUGGGGACGUCUUGGCUGUUUGGCCUGCAAGCUAGCGCGUAUCCAGCAAUAUUACAGGGAGGGAUUGUGUUUUUCGGCAAUUCAACCGUGGGGAAAAUUGGAAAAGAACUGCCAAUCCAUUUUAACAUCGAUACAUGUUUAAAAAAAAUCACUGUAGGCCUAUAAAACUAUUGCACUGAUUACUUUUGAAGUACGGUGCACACAACAUCAGUGCGCUACAAUUUGGAGUGGUGAAAAUCUUGUGUAUUUACCAAUUCAUAUUGUCCGCCAUCUUUAAAAAAAAAAAAAAAAAGCCUAUAAAUGAUAUAAGUGUGCUUCUGUGGCGUGAACUUAUCCCAUCACGUGACAAAAUUCUAUACAAUGAACACUGCCAAUCCGUGUCACGUGGUGUCCCGUCGACACGCCCAUGAGCUCCCCAUAACUCUUUUUUCGAACCUGCAUAUUCAUCUCGAGUAAUUAAUACCGGCGUCAUAUGUAAUAAGCCAUUUGCGAGUAACCUAUACCCUUUGGGAUUUACAUUUCAAAAACAUCUGGUACACUGACUUGCUCAGAAUGCUUGGCACAUUUUAACUUUGAA